AUGAGCAUGCAUAAAAGCCGUGUAGCCCGUUGGGUAUAUGAGCAGCAGUCCAUAGAAGCUGGUUUCACUUUUACAUCACUCUUUUUCCUUUAUAAAACCUACCUGUCCCGAGAUGAACACUCCCAGGUCGUGGCGGGUCUCGCAAGUCGUGGCAAGUCGUGCGGUCGCCUUCGAGGUGGUUCCCGGGGGAGAGUUCCCAGUUGGGUCCCUCCAAAGUCCCUCUCAGCCCCAAAGCAGCCCCCAAAGUCCCUCUCAGCCCCCAAAGCCCCAAGUCCCUCUCAGCCCCCCCUCAAAAAAGUCCCUCUCCAAAGUCCCUCUCCCCCAAAGUCCCUCUCAGCCCCAAAAGUCCCUCUCAGGUCCCUCAAAAGUCAAAGUCCCUCUCAGCCCCCAACGUUCCUCUCCCCCAAAGUCCCUCUCAAAGUUCCUCUCAGCCCCCAAUCUCAGCCCCCAAAGUCCCUCUCAGCCCCCAAAGUCCCUCUCAGCCCCCAAAGUCCCUCUCAGCCCCAAAGUCCCUCUCAGCCCCCAAAGCCCCCAAAGUCCCUCUCAGCCCCCAAAGCCCUCUCAGCCCCCAAGUUCCUUCAAAGUCCCUCUCAGCCCCAAAGUCCCUCUCAGCCCCCAACCUCUCAGGAAGUCCCUCUCAGCCCCAAAGUCCCUCAAAGGCCCCGUUGUUCCAGCCCGGCCCACACUCCCUGGCGUCGUAGCGGCUUGGCAGUGCAGCGAAGACGUUCCACACAGGGGCUCUGGCGGGCGGCCCUUGCUGUUGCUGUUUAUGCCGCUGUCAAUAAGCAGUCAUCUCCCAGGUAUGCUGCCAGCCGAGAGCACCAAGAUUCUUACAAGACGCUCGAAUUCCCAGGAGAGCCAUGUUGUUUUUUAAGUCGGUCCCCUGGCACUGCUAUUAACAUUGCUCUUGGUAAUGGCACCGGCACUGUUACUGGCACUCCCGAUCUCUUGAAGCCCGUCAGCCGCCUCGCUCUCUGUCACGAUAUCGGCGCCACAAGAACUGCCCUUCUUUGA